CGUGGAGCUCGAGUGGCGCGGUUGAGGGGGCCCGUGACGCGUGUUCGGUCCCGCAUCCCUGCGGACGGCCGUGGCCACCAGCAACAUGAGCGCCCCGGACGCGCUUGAUGAUGAAAAUACAUUUAAAAUCUUAGUUGCAACCGAUAUUCAUCUUGGAUUUAUGGAGAAAGAUGCAGUCAGAGGAAAUGAUACAUUUGUGACACUUGAUGAAAUUUUAAAACUUGCCCAGGAAAAUGAAGUGGAUUUUAUUUUGUUGGGAGGUGAUCUUUUUCAUGAAAAUAAGCCCUCAAGAAAGACGUUGCAUACUUGUCUGGAAUUACUAAGAAAAUACUGCAUGGGAGACCGCCCAGUACAGUUUGAAAUUAUAAGUGAUCAGUCAGUGAACUUUGGUUUCAGUAAGUUUCCAUGGGUGAACUACCAAGAUGGGAAUCUCAACAUUUCCAUUCCGGUGUUCAGCAUUCAUGGCAAUCAUGAUGAUCCCACAGGGGCAGAUGCACUCUGCGCUCUGGAUAUUCUAAGUUGUGCUGGAUUUAUAAAUCACUUUGGACGUUCUAUGUCUGUAGAGAAAGUAGACAUCAGUCCUGUUUUACUUCAGAAAGGAAGCACAAAAAUCGCUCUUUAUGGUUUAGGGUCCAUUCCAGAUGAGAGGCUGUAUCGAAUGUUCGUGAACAAAAAUGUAACGAUGUUGAGACCAAAGGAAGAUGAGAACUCUUGGUUCAACCUAUUUGUUAUUCAUCAGAACAGGAGUAAACAUGGGAAUACUAACUUCAUUCCAGAACAAUUCUUGGAUGACUUCAUUGACCUCGUUAUCUGGGGCCAUGAACAUGAGUGUAAAAUAGCUCCGACCAAAAAUGAGCAGCAGCUGUUUUAUGUGUCACAGCCUGGAAGUUCAGUGGUUACCUCUCUUUCUCCAGGAGAAGCUGUAAAGAAACAUGUGGGUCUGCUACGUAUCAAAGGCAGGAAGAUGAAUAUGCAGAAAAUCCCUCUUCAAACAGUACGGCAGUUUUUUAUGGAGGAUAUUGUUCUGGCUAAUCAUCCUGACAUUUUUAAUCCAGAUAAUCCUAAAGUCACCCAAGCCAUUCAGAGCUUCUGUUUUGAGAAGAUUGAAGAAAUGCUUGAAAAUGCUGAGCGGGAACGGCUGGGAAGUCCUCAACAGCCAGAGAAGCCUCUUCUGCGUCUGCGAGUGGACUAUAGCGGAGGUUUUGAACCUUUCAAUGUUCUUCGCUUUAGCCAGAAAUUUGUGGAUCGAGUAGCUAACCCAAAGGAUAUUAUCCAUUUUUUCAGACAUAGAGAACAGAAGGAAAAGAUAGGAGAAGAAAUCAAUUUGGGGAAGUUCAUCACAAAACCUUCAGAAGGAACAACCCUCAGAGUUGAAGACCUUGUGAAACAGUAUUUUCAGACUGCAGAGAAGAACGUGCAGCUCUCCCUGCUGACGGAAAGGGGCAUGGGCGAAGCUGUGCAGGAAUUUGUGGACAAGGAAGAAAAAGACGCCAUAGAGGAAUUAGUGAAAUUCCAAUUAGAGAAAACACAGCGAUUUCUUAAAGAACGCCACAUCGAUGCCCUUGAAGAUAAGAUUGAUGAAGAGGUACGUCGUUUUAGAGAAAGCAGACAGAAAAAUACUAACGAAGAAGACGAUGAAGUUCGAGAGGCCAUGAUGAGAGCCAGAGCCCUGCGGUCCCAGUCAGAGGACUCUGCCUCCGCAUUCAGUGCCCAGGACCUAAACAUAGACACGGCGGAGCCAAUGACCGACGACUCCGACGACAGCAUGACAGCCGUGGGGAGCCGAGGCCGAGGCCGAGGAAGAGGCCGGAGAGGAGGGCGUGGGCAGAGCUCCACGUCCAGAGGAGGGUCCCAAAGGGGCCGUGGGGCAGGUGCUGGUCUGGAGACUUCCACUCAAAACAGGUGUUCAAAGACCACUGUAUCAGCUUCUAGAAAUAUGUCUAUUCUAGAUGCCUUUAAGUCUACACGACAGCAACCUUCCCGAAAUGUUGCCUCUAAGAAUUACUCAGAGGUCAUUGAGGAGGACGAGUCAGAGGAUGAGGCUCUUUUUCCUGCCACUUCAAAAACAGAUCAAAGGUGGUCCAGUUCCUCCACCUCCGGCAAGCGCAAUUCUCAGAGCCUGACAGCUAAAGGGGUAACCUUUGAGUCUGACGAGGAUGAUGAUGAUGAUGACCCCUUUAUGAACAGUAGUUCUUUAAGAAGAAGCCGAAGAUGAUACAUUUCUUAGCACUUUGAAGUUUUGAAGAUUCAGAAAGAAUCAGAGUGUUACAAACUGGAUUUCAAGUUGAAGAUUUUAAAAAUAUUGAUGUUAAGCGAAGAAUCUGAAAAAGACUCGUUUAACAGAGAAACUAAUGUAUAAGAAUUUCUAUUUUUGAAUAUCAUUUCCUAAAAGUGACGUAUUUGAGAAAUUUUCCCAGUUCAGACACAUAUAAGAAAAGCAGGCUUCCUUAAACAUUUGGAAUGUUAUUUUUCUGACAUUGUGUGGCCUACUGAGUAAGAGCUUUAUUUAAACACCCUUGAAUAAAGAUCAAAGUCAGUCCACCA